AUGACAGCUACUAAGAGUUUGAAAUUUGAGAAUUUGAGAAUUCAAUUCUCUAACGCCGUGGUAGGGAAUUUUUUAAGGUUACCACAUUCAAUUAUAAACGUCUUAGAGUCGACUAAUUAUACAAUCCAAGAUUUCGGUAUAGCAGUUCACUCUCACAAUUCAGAUACGCCCAUCGUUCAUCUUGGUUGGGACGGUCAUGAUUCUGGGUCAAACGAGAACACCAUCCUCAUCAAUCCUGUUUUGGCCACCGUGUAUAACAUGAAUCAAAAGUCUCCAUUGGCGGACUUAUACAUUCAGAGAUAUGACCACACCCGCUUAGCUACAGAGGUUUAUAUUACGCCUGAGACAAGUGAUGAUUGGGAAAUAAUUGACGCUAAUUCCAUGAGAUUCCAAAAUGGUGAAAUUUUGCAUCAAACUCGCAUAGUUACCCCCGGUGAAACUUUGAUUUGCUAUUUAGAAGGGAUUGUUACCAAAUUCAAGGUAGAAAGAUUAGUACCAUCAUUAAGUUCCGCAAGGAUUACAGAUGGCACAUUGGUCGUUGUGGCCCCAAAACUCAACAAAACACGCUCUGCGAAGACUCACAAUAAUAACACAAACUCCAAAAGUAAUACUUCCCGGCUUCUGAAAAAGGAAGUAUUGAGAAGCACCAUAUGUAAGAAUGACACACCUGAAAGAAAUCUCUUUGUUGCAUAUGUUAACGACGGAAUAGAACUUCCUUCUCAGAAAGGGUAUGUUUCCAUUAUUCAGUGCAAUUUGAGACAAACCAAGAAAAAUGGUUCCACGGAUAGCAAAGUCGUGGGUAUUCCUCCCAAGAUGAUUGGUGUUUACAUUAAACGUGAUAAGCAGGUUCCUAAAAAUCACGUCGCAUUAAGUUCAUACCUUUGGGAAGCAUUCUUCACACAUCCAAUUAAUGGCGCUAGAAUCAAAUUGCAGUUUUUACAGACAGGUCAAACCAACAUGACUUCUGAAAGAAAUGUAAAAGUCAAUAUCAAAUACUUUGGUGAAACCCUUCCUUCCAAAGAUAACGAUCAAUAUAUCAAUUUACUGCAGGGAAGUGUACUAACUGAUAACUUAAUACUUCCAAAGGAGCAAAUCAUAGUUGAACUAAGAAAAGCCGAUUCCGUACAAAACUUUCUUGAUUUGAAUGAUAUUCCCAAGAGUUCCAUUCAAUGGAAAAUUACACAAAUGGGGAAGGAAGAAGUUAAAAAAGUAAUCGAGGGAUCUUUACCUAAAGCCCGUCACACUGAAGAAACAGGUAAAUUCACACACACUAGCAAGGAUGACGAUCAUUUUAUUACCGUAAACGAUAUCAAGCAGGAAAUGAUGGAUUAUUUAACGUCCCCCAUUGUUUCCUCCCCAGCUAUCAUAUUAGAUGGAAAGCAAGGUAUGGGGAAAACAAGGUUACUAAAAGAGUUUGUGGACGAAAUCAAAAGGGAACAUCAUGUUUUCGUUAAAUAUACAGAUUGUGAUACAUUACAGGACACAUCUAAUUUGGACAAAAUGCAGAAGUUGAUAAUGGAAUGGGUCUCUUUCUGCUACUGGUAUGGUCCUUCGUUGAUUGUGUUAGAUAAUGUGGAAAGCUUAUUCGGCAAACCUCAAUCUAACGAGACAGAUCCAUCUAAUGGUGGCCAAUGGGAUAAUUCAAGCAAGAUCUUAAACUUCUUUAUUAACCAAGUGACCAAAAUAUUCAGUAAGAAUAACAAAUGCGUCAGAGUUUUAUUUUCAGGCAAGGAAAAAACUCAAAUAAAUUCGUUGUUGUUUGAUAAGCAUUUUGUUUCAGAAAGUUGGUCUUUGAGGGCACCUGACAAAGAGGCCAGAGCGAAACUACUGGAAUAUUUUUUCUCGAAGAACCAAGUCAUGAAACUAAACCGGGACAUGCAAUUCAGCGAUUUGUCAUCAGAAACAGAAGGCUUUUCGCCAUUAGAUUUGAAAGUAUUCACAGAAAAGGUGUUUUACGAUUUGCAGCUGCAGCAAGAUUGCGAUAAUGUGGUAACAAAGAACACUUUCUUGAAAUCGCUUAGCGGUUUUACACCUUCUGCGUUACGUGGGGUGAAACUUACUAAAGAAACCAACGUCAAAUGGGGUGAUAUUGGCGCACUAACCGGUGCCAAAAAAAUUCUUCUUGAGACCCUAGAAUGGCCUACUAGAUACGAGCCCAUUUUUGCCAACUGCCCGCUGAGACUAAGAUCAGGAAUCUUGCUUUAUGGGUAUCCUGGCUGUGGUAAAACGCUAUUGGCGAGUGCUGUGGCACAACAAUGUGGACUUAAUUUUAUCUCCGUUAAGGGACCUGAGGUCCUUAAUAAGUUCAUCGGCGCGAGUGAACAGAAUAUUAGAGAAUUGUUUGAAAGGGCACAGUCUGUGAAACCUUGUAUUCUUUUCUUUGACGAGUUCGAUUCGAUAGCACCCAAGAGAGGGCACGACUCCACCGGCGUCACAGACCGCGUGGUCAAUCAACUAUUGACGCAAAUGGAUGGUGCUGAAGGUCUCGAUGGUGUGUACAUUUUAGCGGCCACGAGUAGGCCUGAUAUGAUCGAUAGCGCAUUGUUAAGGCCUGGAAGAUUGGACAAGAGCGUGAUCUGCAAUAUACCAACUGAGCCAGAAAGAUUGGAUAUUCUGGAAACCGUCGUCAACUCUAAAGACAAGGAUACAGGAUUGCAAAAAAUUGCAUUAGAGGAGAAUACCGACCUGACAUUGAUUGCUGAAAAAACAGCAGGGUUUUCCGGUGCGGAUUUGCAAGGGCUGUGCUACAAUGCUUAUCUAAAGGCCGUUCACAGAUGGCUCUCCACAGCCGGGGAACCUGUGGAGGUGUCCGCGGACAUUGACAUAGAGUACUUCACCAUCAACGAGAAGGCCCGCAAAGAGGGAAACAAGCUACGGUUGAAGACUCUGCUGCAGCAAGACGUGAGAGUGCGCGAAAGCGAGGCAAACACUCCUAGCGGAGUCAAGAAAACGGCAGUAGUCACAAUAAAUGAUCUAAUAGAAGCUUGUCAUGAGACGAAACCCAGUAUUUCAAUGAGCGAGCUGGUCAAGCUAAGGGAAAUCUAUGACAAAUUUCAAGAAGAUAGAAAUGGUGAGAUGCCCAACGGUGAGAAUUCCAUUGACAUCGGUAGCCGGCUCUCCCUUAUGUGA